AUGGAUGAAACUACAAAGUUUGCUAGUGAUGUUACUUUGAUAAAUGUUACCGAACAGGAGACGUUCAACGCGACUUCAUCAAACGUUUCCGGAUGGGAGUAUCCGCCGGUCGGUUACUUUAGAGACACAAGUGCGCUGCUCUGGAGGGUGAUCCCGCCGAUUCUUAUUUCCAUUGGAACGAUCGGAAACGCUGUGACUAUUUUCGUGCUGCUUCGUCAGAAGAAGAUGACGUCAACGGCGGUGUUCCUGUUUUCCCUGGCGCUUUCAGAUACACUCAUCUUGUUCAGCGCACCCCUGCAAAGGUGGGUGAAAUAUACCUGGGGCAUUGAAAUCGAGAAGCUGAGUAACCCCGGAUGUAAAGCGAUAGUCUACCUUGCCUACUGCAGCACCCAGCUCUCCUCGUGCCUGAUCGCGGCUGUCACACUCGAGAGAACAGCUUGCGUGCUCUUCCCGCAUAAAGUGAGACUAGGCUGUUCCCCACGAAACGCUGGGUUGAUCAUCGUCACAAUUGUGCUAGCCGUGUUCGGAAUUAAUACAAUACUACUCGUGAUGUUUGAUUUGAAUGGAUACAACGGCUCGAAGUGCGCUCCGUCCACGAAGGAAUACUACGACCUACAUUACUACGUUUACCCAUGGAUCGACUUCACGUUUAUUUUCGGCGCGCCGUUCCCGCUGCUACUCAUUGGCAACGUCAUCAUCGUAGUGCAGCUCGCGCGCUCCCGUUCAAGACGUCAGCGGAUUAAUAUUUCCGGUCAGGUGCGCGACACGCGUCCACUCUCAAGGCUAAUCAUUGCCCUGUGCGUGCUGUUCCUCGUCACGCUGACACCGGCGCAAGUCUUUUCUGUGUACUUUCCCUACCUGCUCGAGAAGCUCAAGGUGCUCGCGUCAGUUGAUCCUUACACUGCUUUGUACGAUGCCGCAUACAUUGAGUUUCUUUACGAUGUUGCCACUCUGGUCAGCUUCUUCAACGCCACCUUCAACUUUGCCAUCUACGUGUUCAGCGGCUCGAAGUUCCGCGCAGAGCUGAGGAGCCUGCUUUGCUGUAAGGCAAAACAAAGCACCAGCCUGGUUGGAAGCUUGGGGACGAUGCAGACGCAAUCUUAA